CAAAGACUAAGUUUGUCAACAUCUCCUCAUGCCAAUAGUUGGAGGAAAGACCUACCACUUAGCGUUAACCGUUACAAAGUUUACAUUUCAACAGUCCGCCUAAGAUAGCCAACCAAAAGCCAGAAGGUCUGUGGUUGCUAUAGUGGAUUUGAAGCGUUUGAAUUUUAAUAAAAAUGGUGUAACUGAGAAGGACCUGACGACAGGGUGAUACAAGGUGUGGGAGCAAGGACGCAUAUUACUAGUGGUGGAGUAAGCCUCAGGUGACUUGGGAAUAACGGUCCAUCCUUACAGUGUUAUAAGAUGGCUUGGGUCUGGCCGGAUGAACCUUUGCCGGGGGAAGGCAAGAAAAGAAGACAUGGGAAGCUGAAUGUAAAUAACCAGACAGAACCAACUUCAUUCUCCAAAAAUAAGAGUGAGCAGGGUGGGAUAGACUUCCGUACAUAUGAGAAUCUAACUACUCUCACAGCACCUUUCGGGACCAAUAACACUCCAGUGCUUGGAACCAAAAUUAUUGGUGGACAAGCGGUUUCUGUACUGGAACACCUUUCUCCCAAUCAAUACGAUGGCAGUGGGGGAUUCAGCAUCACAAAGCUCAAUGACAUCGCAGACAAACCAAACAAUGUCAACCCAGAUCUUCUGCGACGGGGCGCACGCACUUAUUUCAGUGCUCAGCAGCCUAAAGAUGACUAUGACCAGGAACCUCUCCCCAAUAAUCAGGUUUGGGACAAUUUUCAAUCACACCUUCAUGGUAAACCAACCUAUAUUGGAAGAAAUCGUCCAGAUUCAAAAUCUUUGUCACGAGGAUUGAAGCUAGACCCUCUUCAAACCAAUAAAAACAAGAACCAGCUGUCAACCAUUUUUGAACCCGAGAUAGGAAACCCAAAUGCUUUACAAUUGGAAACGGAGUAUACAGACAAAUAUAUGAACGACACAGAAUAUGAUAGGCCAGUUAGUGAUCAGAACAGACAGAUGCCUAAUGGACAGAUGUAUGAUUCUGCUAAAUAUCCUAAGGCUCUCAGUGAUAUAGGGCCAGCACCUGUGCACCAAAGCCAGCCUCCUGCCAAAGAUGCAAACUCAUACCCUCAUAAUGAGUUAAGUGAACAGACACCACGCACUGUGCUCAACGAAGAGCGCAAUAAGCUGUUAAAGUACUUGUGGAGCUCAAACCCUGGGGCUCUCCCUCAGAGACCCAUUGAGUUGUCACUGCUGGAGGAGGAGAAGCUAGGACACAUUGUCAGCGUGGAAUUGGACGGGAUACCACGGAAACGCCUCGACAAAGUUCAUGCUGAUGUCAUUACGUCUGACUGGGCACAAAAUGGCACCUGUGCCCUAGUAGCUAUGAAGAAAGCUCUUGAAGCCAAUGCGAUACGUUUAGACCCAGAUACUGUGCGAUUGGCAGCAGCUAAAUUUGUCGACCGUAAUCAGAAUGGAUGGAUAUUUUAUCGGGAUUUUGUUAGAUAUCUUAAGAAAUUUUUGCCUAAAGAACCACAAAGUAAUGCUGAUCAUCGAUUCCAGAGUCAACCAAACUCACCGAUGGACGACCUCAACCCACGGAUACAUCGGACACUUGGGAUGACAUUAAAGAUCGCUAAACAACAACUGGAAGACCAACACAUCAAAAUAAACAUGUCCGCAAUUAGGAGGGAUUUUGAAUCAAAAGAUAAACCCCAUACAGGACGACUGAAUGAAUUGGAGAUCUUUGAUGUGAUGUACAAAAAUGGUGUAAAGCUGCCAAGUAAUGUGUUUAAGGACCUUCUUUACAUGAAGAGACGCCCCCCACCAGACGGACUACACGACUGGGAGGCAUUCCUACGUGUAUUGGAGAUGCUUCAACCCGAUGCCACUGGUCUAGAACUCCCACGCAGCAAGCAGCCAUUAGAGUAUGCCAAGCCUACAUUGGAGAUGUACGAUACAUGGCCAACAAGAUCUCCUCGCCGGGACAACCCGCCGUAUGAUGGUUACCGGCAGCAAUCUAACCACCCACAUGAGGAACACUGGCAACGCGAUGGCUACCAACCUUCUUUCACCAACGGAGACGCAUAUAAUCAAGGAUACAAUGGCAACACAUCCUACAGACGGGAACAUUCCCCAAGUCGUGCUCAACAGAUGUCGUAUCGGGCUGAUGAUGAAAAAAGAACUAAGGUGAGAUACCCACCUAUAGACAAAUAUCCCCCAGCACAGUCACCCAGACAGUUGCAGGAUGAGAUUAGCAAGAUGGAAAAUGAAAUUAAAGCAUUGCAAGAUCGAAAUGAGAAGCUUGAACUGAUACGCAAUAAACAAGAGGAACGACAAACACUUUUAUCGACCAUUACCAGUUUAGGGAAGAGUCUGUAUGGGAUUGAUGAGAGGAGCUACCGGUCAUCAGGUCGAGUUCACAUCACAGAAGUGGUAGAAGAAUCAAUGAAAUACAGACUUCCACUUCCCAGGCAAUACUUGGAAGAAGCUGCUAGUAGAUGCAGGAAUGCUAAAGGAAUGGUAGACAUUGAGAAAUACCUCGACCUGGUCAAGGGGCUGGUCAACUAAUCUGGUGUUACCUUGGAGAUUUGUCUCCAUGGCAACAGACACUCAUUUUUGAAGAUCUGUGAUAUCUCUACACCUCCGUCCACUAAUCACGAGGCCUGAAUGUGGCCAACCUCACACUGUACUUAAAGUAUGGUUAAUUUAUUGUAAAUGUAUGUAGCAAAUUAUACUUUUAGUCAUCAGUUUUAGUGAAGCUGUCAGUAAACUCAAUGGUUUUGAUGGAAAACAAGAGAAUUGAGGAAUCACUCUAAAAUAUAUGCAGAAUAGGAACUCUACAGAUAUCAGAAAUAAUUCAUCAUUUACUGUACUGUAGAUAUAUGAGGACUUAAUGAUGUCAAUAUUGAACUACUGUUAAUAUACUUUUGUCUUCAUAUAUAUUCUUUGUAAGCUGAAAAAUAUAGAUGCAUUAAUAGUGCUUCCUUUUUCUCCUUUAAAAAACUUACAUAAACAUACCUGCAUGAUGUCCCCAAGCCUGCUGUCUAACCCAUUUGUAUAAAUGUUAUACAAUAAAAUAUGUUGAAAUGAGAAAUGUCCCCAAGAACUUAUGGUGACCUUGCACCUUGAUGGUAAUACUGAAAAACCAAUGUCUCAAUUACAGUUACAUUCAUGUAAGUCACCUCCAUACCCUAUAUUUUUCAAAGUGCUAGUAAUUUGUCUCCUUAACCCAAUAUACUUUGUCCAAAUCAUGUGUGCCAUCCUUACAACUGUCAGUUUCAGUGAAGACAACUCAGUUUCUGUGAGAACAGGAUAAUACACCAAUUGGUGACACAAUAUUGUAUCUGAAAUAUACAUUUCAUUUCAUCUAUGUUGAUUCUUAUCAUACUGCUGGAAAUGUCAUACACAUUACCAUCACUUAGUAUUCUUAUAACUGUAAGUUUUGAUAAUUAUUCCUGAGGUAUUUACAGGAUUACAAGGCUGUGAUGUUGGGUUAUCACAAGGCUGUGAUGGGCGGGUUAUCACAAGGCUGUGAUGGGCGGGUUAUCACAAGGCUGUGAUGGGCGGGUUAUCACAAGGCUGUGAUGGGCGGGUUAUCACAAGGCUGUGAUGGGCGGGUUAUCACAAAGCUGUGAUGGCUUUCUUUCAUUUCGUGUGAUUUUUUUAAGCUCACAAACCUCUGAAAGAAAACAUCACUACAAAAUAAAAAGCCAAAUUAUUUUGAAACAUUUUUUUUUUAUUAGUAAAUAUAAAAUGUAAUAACAGAGUAACAAUUAUAUUACAUAUGAUUUCGGAUAAUUUGAACAAAGGGACGACUAAUUCAGAUUAUUAAGAUGAAAUCAUUAUACUUAAUUAUGCUAAUUUGUAAAUGAUAAUGAAAUACCAUAAUAUGUAGAUGUUGUUUACUCUAACAUGUGUUUUAUCCAGGUGAUUGUAACAAAUGACUGUGGAAUGUAUCAUAUACUGCUUAAUUUAUUCACAAUUAAAACAUUUUUUAAACAUUAAAAUUUGGGUAUAUUGAAUACAAUGUAUGUGUCAAAGUAAAUUCUGUGAUCAAUUUGUAUAUAAUUAUCAUGUAUGGCAGUGUGUUCUGGUAGGAAUCAUUAUGUACAUAUAUACAUGUAUAUUUACAUGUCCAUAGAUAGGAAGGUGUAGAUCAUAGUUCACCAUCAACUCCUAUAAUCAAAAUAUACAAGAAUAUCCUUUAAUCAGCAAGUUACCUCCCCUUUUAAAAGAAGACCAUUGCUUUUAGUGAUCAGUUAGCUCCCUUAAUCAUUAAAAAAAACAACUAAAAAUACAGUCUGUUCUAGAUCAGUUAUCUCCCCUGUUUCAGAACAGUCAUGACCCUAUUUCAGAACAGUCAUGGCCUUGUUUCAGAACAGCUAGCUAGAAAGGAUAAUUGUUGAAUUUGAUGGGGCAUGUGUUUCUGAUGCGAAUGGUGAAUUGAUUCAUACAGGAUUAAAUUCAAUGAAAAUAUAAUAAAACCGUAAAAGAAUAUCAUAAAAAAUAAUUCAUAUUUAAUGAUAUUUUACAACAUAAUUUAAAUAAGAUUCAUCUUCAACAGAGAGUAAUUAUGGUAGAUUAAAAUCAAGGAUAGUCUGUUGUAUAUUUCAUACGAUGUAAAAUAAAGGAUAGACUGUUGUGUUUAAUACAAAAAUUACAUACUUCAGUUUUACCAGCCUUGACAAGUUCUAGCUUGCAUUUUCAUCUUUGAGAUUUAGAAAAAAAGAAAAAAAACGCUAUGUUUAAUUGUAUCAUGCCCUACCAUGAUAUUUUGCAUGUUGGCCUAAGUAGUCACUAUCAGGAAAUAUUUCUAUACAUUUUGGUGCCAUUUUUUUUGCAUUUUUGUGAGAAACAGCCUAUAUGCUGUGGACAAUGUAGAAUUAUCAAAACAUAUUCUAGUAUUUUUCUUUGUUCUAGGAGUAACAGAAUUUAUAGCAAUAAUUUUCAUAUUUUUUACUGGCAUCCUUAAACAACACCCAGAUUUUGUUUUCCGAUUACAUUGUGAUUUCCUGGUCACAGAAAGUACUUUGUAGCCUCAUUCUGGUGAACUGAUUUAGAGAGGAAGAAAAUUUGUCUCCAGAUUCUCACAACUUGUGUACAUUUAAGCAGUUAACUCAUUUGUGAUGACAGAUUGUAUUGCCACCCCAUGUUUAUUAUGUUACUUAAUCUGCUAGGGAUUAUAUUAUGUUACUUAAUCUGCUAGGGAUUAUAUUAUGUUACUUAAUCUGCUAGGGAUUAAGAUGUUGGACUCCUUUUUUAUUUUCAUGAUACUCAUUGUGAUAUGAUCCGUUUAGUCUAUGUUAAUAAUACUACUAGCUAUACUGGAUGUUUUAAUUUAUAUAACAUCAUCUAGAAAGGUCUGUGAUAUUUACAUCGAACUAUUUACCAAUUAAUAAAGAUUUAGAUUUGUCA